AUGGGAUUUUUCUCUAAAAAAAUAUUUGUGUAUAUUAAUGUAUUCCUUAUAUCACAAAACAUUAAAAUUAUCUACUCUAUAUUUUUUUACCUUCAAUUUCUCAACUGUUGCCAUGACAAUUACAAGUCAUCAAAGAUGUCGUCCACAGCAAGUACGGUUGGUCGUGAUGUCGAAGCGAGGGAAUACCUCGAACAACAUCGAGUGUUGGAGCUUUUCAAUAACAUGACUUCACAACUCAUAUACAACAGACCAGAAAACCCAAAGAAGUAUAUGAUUGAUUUACUCGAGAAACUGCAGCGAUCCCGAGCUACUAAACACGACUACCCCUGUCUGUUUGACGACACAAAUAUCCAGUCUGUGUACAACAUGCUGGACCCCACAAACCGGGGAUUUAUCACACUACAACAGUACAAAGAAGCUAUGGAUACUCUAGGAAUUAGCCCAGUCAAUGAAAAAGUUGAAGGUGCAAGCGAAGACAAAAUCAACUUUGAUACAUUCCUCUCUCAAGCGAGGUCUGGUCUAAGUAAAGCAUCAGCAACAUUCCAAGCAUCAUAAGGACACUAGAAGUUCAUAUUGUAAAUACUGUAUAAACUCAUCCAUACCUACUUCCCUGUUGAUAUGUUCAUAAUUUUAUGAUAUUUGAAUAAAUCAUCUAAUUGUU